GGUUACUGUUGAAGGGUACUUUGCGCGCUGUACAUGAAUUGUAGUCCCAUUAUGAGCUCAGAUGACAAAAAAGAAACGGAAACAUCCAACGAAUGUGAUGAGGGCUUUCUACCUGAUGCGGAUACUACUUUGGAACCUCCGCGAUUCUCUAUAGCCAUGAAAAUGAAUCUUCAUGAUAAGGAUAAAGACACAUUGCUACCUCCUUCACCUCCAAAGUUUGUGUCAAUGAAUCAACUUGCGGAAGCAGCUAAAGCAUUCUAUAAUAUGUCUUUAGCACAUGAAAUAACUGUGGAUUCUGAGUUUAGACUGGAAAAAUAUGAACCACAAGAAAAAAGUUUGGAAUAUUGUAUUAAAGAAACAAUGCAUAGAGCAUUUUGGGAUAUUUUACGAUCUAGUUUAGAUUGUGAUCCUCCAGACUAUGAACCAGCUUUACGCUUACUGGAAGAAGUUAAACAGUCAUUACAAAGUUUAGUUUUGCCUAAUCAAACAACAUUGAAAACACUUAUUGAAAAUCUUUUGGAUAUGGAUAUAGCUAAAUCUCAAUUAGAAGAAACUGGUUAUUUAAGUUUAGAAAUUUAUAAAAAUGAAGUAAUUAAUUUAAUGAAACAAUUUUGUGCUCCAAUACGUGAUCAAGAAGUUGAAGAUUUAAGAAAAAUCGAUGAUCCAAUUGAUGCAUUCAAAAAUGUCUUUAUUCUACUGGAUAAAAUGCAUAUGGAUUUGGCUAAUUUUACAAUUAAACAAAUGAGACCAUAUAUUCGUCAACAGGCUGUUACUUAUGAACGAACAAAAUUUGCUACAUUUUUAGAAGCUCAACAAAAACUUGGUAUUGAUGGCUUAGCUCAUACACGUGAUUGGAUUAAACAAGCACAUGAUAAUCUUCUUCAUGUAUCACAUCAACCAAUUAAUCAUGAGUGCCCCAAUGCAUCCAGUAAUAUCAGCGCUAAUAAUAAGAACACUCCAGUGGAUCUUAAAAACACUUCAGAUAGUUGUUCUACCACAAGUAAUGAUACUAUCCCAUUGACACCGAAUAAUAUACUACGUGAAGCCUACUUGAAGUUAUUGACAUGGCCACGUGAUCGUGAUUGGCCUGAGACAAUGCUCAUGGAUCAAUAUCGUCUUAUAGAUUUAGGCAAUCAAUUAACUAUUAUUGUCAAUUUAACAUCUCUUGUUCUGGUUGUAUGUAAUUAUAUAGCAUCGAAUGUAUCAACAUUCACUACAACUGGAUUAUCUUCAUUAACUGCAACAAAACCUAUUUUAUCAAUUCCACUUGAAACUAGUUUACCACAUGAUGCAAUGAUACAAUUGAAAAAAUCUAUUUGUCAAGAUGUUGCACCAAUAUUACAUGGAAUCUCUUUAAAUUAUAAACCUGAUCAAUUAGUUGAUGAUAUAAUUGAACAAGUUAUAUUAACCAUUGAAUUAUGGUAUAAUCGAUGCAUACAAUCUUGUAAUUUAGUUACAUCAUCAUCAUCAUCUAACUUAUCAACAUUAACUGAGUAUAAAUCAUUAUGUACAACUGCUUCUAUGACAGAUUAUGGACGUAAUGAAUUAAGCUUACAAUUGACUUCAGUUAUUAUCAGUGAACAUCCUGUUUAUAAACUUAUGUAUAAACGAGCUAUGGAUUUUCUACGCUCUGCAUUGUCGUCCUAUCCUCCUGAACCAUUACCUUUACCUCCAGGUUUCAGUGUUCUACUUGAUCUUGAUCAAGAUAAACUCAGUUCUUCCACCAACGAAAAUGGGACUACUGUUAAUUCUGUUGGGUAUUUACGAAAACCUCCAUUAAACAUCCCGACAACAAUGAUGUCAGGUGGUAGUAGUACCACUACUGGAUUACUUUUUCAUUCUUCCCCUUCUAGUCCACAUAAAGAAUCAAUCAAUAGUUUUAAAACUUCUAAAUUUGAAAUAUUAAGUUUAUCCGAUUUAGCAAGUCGUCUUCUACCAUUAUUAGCUCAUAAUCGUCAUGUAUUUGGUUCAUAUUAUGCUGAAAUUAUUCAACCGUUACUUAUGCCGGAAAUUCAAAAACUUUCUAAUACUAAUAGCGAAAAAUGAUUUCAUAUAUCAUCUCCUUAUAUACAUAUAUAUAUAUAUAGUCAUUGUUUUCGAAUGUAGACAACAACAAGAACUAUCCAUUGUACAUUUAUAAAAACAAACCACUAUUCGUAUUAUUAUUAUUAGCAACCGCAGCAGUAACAUUAGUAAUAGUUCGUUGGUUGGUGGGGGUCUUUUUUCUUACACUAACAAUCAAUUUUUCUAUUCAUUGUCCAAUUGUUUCUUCCAUCUCAUAACUGUUCCCCCUUUUUUUGUCUAUAGGAGAAUAAUAAAUAGUAUAUUGAUUACAAUAUCAUUACUUAUAUGUUCUUCACUACUUUAGUGUUGUCGGUUUUUUUUCUUUCUUUUUUUUUACUGUAUCUGUAUGUGUAGACGUGAUAUCUAUUUUUUUCAAAACAUAAAAGUUGUUAUCCAUAUGAACUUUACUUCACUUUUGUUGUUGUUGUUGUUUAUUUCCACUGAUAGAUGAUUACGUAACCAGUGAGUACUGUAGUUGAAUUAGUUACUUAUUUCAAAUGUUAGUUUAUUGCAUUUUAUGUAUCUUUUCUUUUCUUGUCUUCUCUUCCUUUUCUUUUCUCUUCUUUUUUUCUCAACUUUAGUUUUCAUGUUGUUUGUUUGUUUGUUUGUAUAUAAUUCUCUAAUAUUUCAUUUCAAUGAAAUGAAUAUCCAUCAAAAAUGAUAUUACUAUGAUGUAAUAAUACAAGUAGAUGGUUUAAAGGAAAAAUACCUUAGUGAUUGUUUCCUUUUUAUUACUUUUUUCCUGAAUAACACCAAUGUCACUUGUUUCUUUUAUAUUGGUUACCUAUUAAAAAUCGAUAUUUUGUUCCUUAUUUUUUUUAUUGAUUGUUAACUUUUAAAGAAUUACAUUUCAUUGUAUGUUUUAUUCAAGUACAUUUGUUGCAUGUAUAUUUAGGUUUAUUGACUGAUCCUAUCAUAUUUACACCGAAAUGUAAAUAAAUAAUUAAAGUUCGAUUAAAGGUACAAUAUUAUUGUACUAAUUAUCAUGGUUACGUUGUGAACAUGAAAACUGUUGAUAAUCGAUUAUUACUUCUAGUUUUAGAGAAAACAUCAUGCUUAAAGUUUUGCCAUAGAAACUUAAAUAUUGAGUAGAUACUCUACAGUAAUCAGUGCCAAUUUGGAUUGUUGAGUCAGCUUUCUGAGAACUGCAACAGAGCCUCCAGAGGCCCUAAAGGAACCGAAGAGUCCCAAUCAAUCAGAGCAUGAUGGGGCUAUCUAGAAUAUCAACAUGGCGUGCUACUAUGUGUCAGUAGCAUAAUAUGUCUUUUAGUGGAUUGGUCAAAAUAUGAUGUUGAUUUAACAAAUGUUAACAUUUAUAAAUACUCGUGUUUUUCUGUACAAAAAUGAACCUUUGGAGUAAAGUGUUUUUCGCUUAUUGUGAACCUUUUCUCUCAAGUUCAGAUCACUGCGUAGUUCUAGCUUGCGGGUUACUAGAAUAGCUUAUGAACCGAAUAAAGUGUUCAAAUUAA